AUGAAAUUAUUGAUGCUACUGUUUUUAACAAAAAUGGUUUUUUGUAAUUUUAAAAAAUAUGUGAAAAGUGAUUAUAAUUAUAUAGUACCAUUUAUAAAAAGGAAAAAGCUGUAUAAUCAUAAAAUAAAUUUUAAUGUAAAAGUUUUUAAGAAUUUUAGAAAGAACACAUCAAAUAGAUAUAAUGAAUUUUUGUAUGCAUAUUUUAAAAAAUGUCUAUACAAUCCUAAGAAACAAAAUGAUCAUGAAAAGGAAAACACAAACGUAAAGGAUGAAGAAAAAGAAUCAACAAAAAGAAAAAUUGUCGGUGAGGGGCAUGCAAAAACGAAAAAGUUAAAGGGAAAAAGUGAGAAUGAAAUAAAAAAAGGCUCUUUAUUUAACUGUGCCGUUAAUGAAGAUGAAAAAAUAAACGAUCUGAGCUCCCCCAAGUUUAAUCCUGUUCAUUUUGAUGUAAGUAAUUUAUAUUUAUCAGAAAAGGAUAAAGAAAAACACAAGUUUAAAGAUUCUUUAUUAUUUACGUUCCUUACAAAUACAUUUAAUCAAAUAGAAGAACUAAAAGGUAGUGGGACGGGUAGUAAAAAAAAUGUAGCAAUUAUUUUGUCAAAUGUGUUUAGAGUAUUAAUUUAUUAUAGCCCGAAUGAUUUAAUUCCUGCUGUUUAUAUAACAUUAAAUAAAGUAGCACCAGAUUAUUUAAAUGUAGAAGCAGGUGUAGGAGAAGCAUUGAUUUUAAAAACCAUGUCAGAAGCAUAUAGUCGGACAGAGGCAAGUAUAAAAAAAGAUUUACAACAAAUAGAAGAUUUAGGAAUUAUAGCGGAAAGUUGUUCAUGUAAAAUGAGAACCAUUUUUCCUUUACCUCGUUUAACUAUUCAAUUUGUAUUUAAUGAAUUAAAAAGCAUACCAAAUCUUAGUGGUUCAAAUUCUCAGCAGAAAAAAAGAGAAGUAAUUAAAAAGUUAUUAGUUAGCGCAAAAACCACUGAAGCGAAAUAUAUUGUACGAUUUUUACAACAACGAUUAAGAAUAGGUGUAAAUAGUGCAACUGUGUUGCAAGCACUGUCGUAUGCUUUUAUAUUAACGCGUCCCAGUAUUCCAGAUGAAAUUAUAAGAGAGGGCAAGCUGAUGAAUGAUAAGUUGUUAAAUGCUAAGGUAAAGGAUAAGGAAGAAGAAGGUGAUGAUAGUGAUAAUACAGUUGAGAGUGAAAAAAAUAGUAUCAAGGGAGAAGGGAAAGAUGUUAAAAUAGAGAAGAAGGAGGUUUCUGAUAAUAUAAAGAAGGAAACAGAAAAUUUGGGUAAAGAAUUUGAUUUCUAUUCUUUAGUUAAAACAAUUAAGUUAAGAAAUGAGAAAAUGAAUAAACCAAAUUUAUUUUUUAACAUAGAAAAAGUGGGAGAUACUCGUCUUCUACCAAUAUUUAAGGAAUUAAAAAAAGCGUACUGCGAAGUAAAUAGCGAUUCGGAUAUUUUUGAAUGUAUGGAAAAAUCUGUUAAAAGUGCUUUAUGUGAAUUACCGAACAUUGAAAUUAUCAUUCAGAAUUUAUUAAAUGGCGAUGAUAUGAAUAUGUUAAGUAAAAAAUGCACCGUCAAAACAGGAGUUCCUGUGCAACCCAUGUUAGCAAAACCAACAAAGGGAAUACAAGAAGUUUUAGAUAGAUUUAACAAUGUGACAUUCACAUGCGAAUAUAAAUAUGAUGGGGAAAGAGCACAAAUUCAUUAUAUAGAUAAAGAUAAUAUAAAAAUAUUUAGUAGAAAUUUAGAAACUAUGACUGAAAAGUAUCCUGAUGUUAUACAAAUAGUUAGAGAUCAAAUUUCAAGUGGCGCUACUGAAUGUAUUAUUGAUAGUGAAGUUGUAGCGUACGAUAUAGAAAAUAAAAAGAUAUUACCUUUUCAAGUUCUAACAACAAGAAAAAGAAAAGAUGUAGAUAUUGAAAAUAUAAAAGUAAAAGUAUGUCUAUUCCCCUUUGAUUUAAUUUGUUGCAAUGGUGUAUCAGUAAUAAAGGAACCAUUAGAAAUUAGAAGAAAACUUUUGUACUCUUUACUAAAAUGUAAGGAAGGAAUUUUAUCCUAUGCAACACACUCUGAAAUGAAUAAUAUUGAAGAUAUUGAUAUAUUUUUACAAGAUGCAAUUGAAAAUAGUUGUGAAGGUUUAAUGGUUAAAACUCUACUUGAUAAUGCUUCCUAUGAGCCUUCUAGAAGAUCACUAAAUUGGUUAAAGGUAAAAAAAGAUUAUAUUGAAGGGUUAUCUGAUUCAGUUGAUUUAGUUCCAAUAGCUGGUUACUAUGGAAAAGGAAAAAGGAGUGGAGUUUAUGGUGCAUUUGUUUUAGCUAGUUAUAAUUCAGAAACAGAGAAUUUUCAAACAGUAUGUAAAGCAGGUACAGGUUUUAGUGAUGAAAUUCUAAAUACGUUAUAUGAUUUAUUGAAUGAUAAAAUAAUACCUAAUAAAAAAUCGUAUUAUGAGGUUUCAGAUAAGUUAAACCCAGAUGUUUGGUUUGAUGCUCAUUACGUAUGGGAGGUAAAAGCAGCCGACUUGUCCUUAUCUCCUGUCCACACUGCAGCUAUUGGGGUUUAUUCAGAUGAUAAGGGAAUAGGUUUAAGAUUCCCUAGAUUUCUUAGAUUGAGAGAAGAUAAAAAUGCUGAGCAAGCUACAACUACGCAGCAAAUUAUUGACUUUUACGAAGCUCAGUUUACGUCUAAUAAGAAUAAAAAUAAUGAUUUCAAUGAGGAUAGUGAAAGUGAAUAA